AUGAAUCCACAUCAGCAAAACAAGGUGGAUAUCUCACAGUCGCUUAGUGAACAGGAGCAAAAACUGUUCCGUCUCUAUGGCAAACUGCCAAAUAAGAAGGAUCUUCUGGCUAACAAGCUGAAGGAACGGAAAUAUUUCGAUUCCGGCGACUACGCUCUCUCAAAGGCAGGACGUGCCCCGAAACAGUCAGUCGGCACAACCAUCCCCAACCCUGAAAUGGUGCCUCAUGCAGCCGCCAACACCGGCGGUGUAAGUCCCGUCCAAAUUCCCAAUGCCAAUGGCAACCAGUCACUGGGUGUAAACAUUCCAGGUGCUACGCCCACAAGUCCAUCUCAGACUGGCCGGUCAUCGUUCGUUGGCUCCUUUAGUGAAACUGGCUCACGAUCCUCGUUCCCUAUGGCUACAGGCGUGUUAGCUAGCAGCCCAGGCCGGGAUACCACUAGCUCACUAAGCCGUGAGCAAGUGCCAGAUCUUUCUUCGUCACACAUGGAAGAAUAA